AUGCCGACCGAGUUCAUCAGCGUGACCUUCCCCAACGCGUCGACGGAGCUCGCGCCGAUCCCGGGCGCGAGCAUCGACCCCGAAUUCGAAGCGCGGUACGCGCGCACGCUGGACGAGUACGGCUUCGACUACACGCUGGUGCCGUACGACUCGUCGUACUACGACCCGUGGACGCAGGGCGCCACCAUCGCCGCGCACACCAAGAACCUCAAGGUCAUCAUCGCGCUGCGCCCCAACACCGUGUACCCGACCGUGGCCGCCAAGAUGCUGGCCACGCUGUCGCAGCUCAGCCGCGGCCGCGCCGUCGUGCACUUCAUCGCCGGCGGGUCCGACGUCGAGCAGGCACGCGAGGGCGAUUUCCUGUCCAAGGACGAGCGCUACGCCCGGCUGGCCGACUAUAUCCGCAUCCUGCGGCGGGCGUGGGCGUCGCCCGAGCCGUUCGACUGGGCGUCGCCGUACUACACCUUCACCAACUUCCGCAACCUAGUGCGGCCGUACGGCGGCGCGGCCACGAUUCCCGUGUCCGUCGGCGGAUCGUCCGACGCCGCGUACGCCGUCGGCGGGGAGCUGGCCGACAUCUUCGGGCUGUGGGGCGAGCCGCUGGCCGACACCAAGCAGCAGAUCGACCGCAUCUACGGCGAGGCCGAGAAGGCCGGCCGCCCGCGUGCCGAGUGGCCGCGCAUCUGGGUCACCUUCCGGCCCAUCGUGGCCGAGACCGACGACCUGGCCUGGGCGAAAGCCCACCGCACCCUCGACCUGCUCAAGACCAAUAAGUCGCCAGAAGGAAGAGGGCCGCCGCCCGGAGCGCCGCAGAACGCCGGGUCGCAGCGCCUGCUGGCCAUCGCGGCGCGCGGCGACGUGCAGGACCGCGCGCUGUGGUACCCGACGGUGACGGCGACGGGCGCGCGCGGCGCGUCGACGGCGCUCGUCGGCAGCUACCAGACUGUGGCCGACUCGAUCCUGGAUUAUGUCGACCUGGGCUGCGAGCUGAUUUCCAUUCGUGGGUACGACAACUUUAAUGAUGCGGUGGAUUACGGGCGCUUUGUGCUGCCGCUUGUGCGCGAGGGGUUGGUGGAAAGGGAGGGGAGGCCGAAGGAGGAGGUGGUGAAUGAGGAGGCUGCUCUCGCCGAGCCGGCAAAGGAGGAGGAGGCCGUGGCUGUGCCGACGAAUGGCGAGGUGAAGGAGGUGGAUGUUGUCGCUGAGCGGCCCAAGGACGAGGCGGUCGUGAUCGAGGCGUCAGAGGUUGUCGACGUGGCACCUUUGGCGAAGAAGGCCGAGGCGGUUGUGGUGGUUGAGGCGGCCAAGGUCGCCGAGGCGGUUGCGGCCUAG